AUGCCCAAAGUCUGUUCACCCACUGUUUACACUGCACCUCAACCUGCCCCUCACCAUUCAUCAACGCUCAACAGUGCCCCCCACCUGACCGCUCAUCUACUCAAGCAUCCCAACGUGACAGACGAUGAUACUAACAUCAUGUGUCUCUUGCAGGUCAAGUACAUCCUUCUUGACUGCGACAACACUCUUGUCCUCUCGGAACGUCUUGCGUUCGAGGCCUGCGCCGAUCUCACCAAUGAACUCCUUGAGAAGUACAACAUUCCCCACCGCUACACUGUCGAUUCUCUCCUCGAGGACUUUGUUGGACAGAACUUCCGUGGCAUGAUGAUCGGCCUUCAGAAGAAACACAACUUCACAAUGCCCCCAGAGCAGUUAGAGGAAUACGUCAACAGCGAGCUCGGCGAAGUCAUCAAAAAGCUCACCGCAAAGGCCCAGCCAUGCCCAGGCGCCCCUGAAGAGAUAGAACGCUUGUAUCAAGCCGGAUACCCCAUGUCCGUCGUCAGCACCUCUGCCAAGCCUCGGGUCGUUGCUUCUUUGGAGAAAGUUGGCAUCGACAAGUACUUUCCCAACCAGCAUGUCUAUAGCGCUGCGACUUCUCUGAAUCCACCAUCCAGCAAGCCAGACCCCAAGAUCUACCUGUACGCCUGUGAACAAUUGGGUGUCAAGCCAGAGGAAUGUAUCACUGUUGAGGACAGCAAGAGCGGUGCUACUGCUGCCAUGCGAGCUGGUAUUCCUCUCAUCGCCUACGUCGGCGUCUACGGCAUUGAAGAGGGCAAGGAGAAGAUGGAGCAAAUGGCCAAACUUCUGACUGAGCAAUGCAAUGCUAAGGCAGUCAUGUACGACUGGAAGGAGUUCCCUGAGAUCUUGAAGAAGAUCGAGGCCAUGUAA